AUGUCUGGCUCCGUUGAGAUGGAGAAUACUUAUACCCCCGAACAAGAACUUGGACUUGUACAGUGGCUUUUAGGCAAGAGUGUUAGCAGUAUACUUCUUCGCAACACCAGCCAAAACGAUGGAUUUGUUGGUAUCGCCGCACCUUCUUUGGUAAGGAUUCCCCCACCAGAUGCAUUUCUCUGUUCUGUCCAUUAUGUGAAGGUCAUAAACUCUGUUUACCAGAGACAUAGAGCAAGAAAUAUUGAGGCGGCUGGUGCUGAGAAAAACCUGGAGGUGGGAGAAGUUCUCACCAUUGACGUUUCUUGCAUUGCGGCUCUCACUCCCUCGAUCAAUUUCCAAAUCAAGUACAAUGAUGCACCUCUAAGAAGGGCAGUCUUCAGGCAGUUGUUUGAAUAUUUUGAGCUUGCUUGA